UAAUCAGCAUUCCUCGGAGGGGACAUGUACACUGAUCAUCAGAGCACUGAUGAUCAGUCCCCAGCAGUGCCACCUGUCAGUGUCCAUCAGUGCCAGCUGUCAGUGCUCAUUCAUGCCACCUGCCAGUGCCCUUCAGUGCCUACCAGUGCACAUCAAUGCCACAUAUCAGUGCCCAUCUGAGCUGGCUUGCAGUGCCACCUAUCAAUGCCAGUCAGCCCCACCUAUCAGUGCUGCCAAUCAGUGCCGCCUAUCAGUGCCAGUCAGUGCCGCCUAUCAGUGUGCAUCAGUGCCGCCUAUCAUUGCUGCCUAUCAGUGCCACCUAACAGUGCCAGUCAUUGCCGCCUAUCAGUGUCAGUCAGUGCCGCCUAUC